CGAGAAGGAGGCGGCGGUCGAUCGCCGACCAGGUAAGCGGCUCGAGCGCUUCCACGUGCUCGCAUAAGAGGGCCCCAUAGUCUGCGCAAGCGAACACACCCAGAAAUCAGAGUCACAUUGCGUCUCGCUCGGCCCCAGUGUCCGCAAGUCCAUCGGCGCCGCCACCGCCGUAGCCACCACCGUCCGCCGUGGCCUCGGAGCCGUGGACCAGACUCGCGACGAUGCCGCCCCACCGUAACGCCAGCAUCCUUGUCUUCGUGAUCCUGGCCUCGCACGUAAUAGGCAGCCUCGGUAUAAAGUGCUACCAGUGCAGUAGCGAUACCGAUCCGGAGGGUGAAGAUAACUGCGGGGCCUACGAGAAGUUUAACAAGGAGCGCAACAUCCCCGUCGAGUGCAACAGCGAUGAGUCCAAGAUGCCCGGCACCUUUUGCGUCAAAAUCACCCAGCAAAGUCCGCGUGGUUUCAUUUGGGACGGGAGAUGGCGUCAGGUGAUACGUCGGUGCGCGUCCGUAGCAAACACAGGUGUCACGGGGGUCUGCAACUGGGGCGUUUACGAGAACGGCGUCUAUUGGCAGGAGUGUUCCUGCUCCGAGGAUUCCUGCAACGCCGCCACGAGCCUGAACAUCGGACUCGUGACGAUGCUCUUCGCACUCGUUGUCCCCUUGUCUCUCAGCCUUCGAUAAUUCGAUUUGGUCGCUCCUAGGCGAAUAACAAGAGCACGAACAAGCCAGAAGAGGAAAUCGCUCCCGGCGAGCCAACCGUAGUGAAUUCUAUUUCUUUUACUGCCGCCCCCUCUUCCCUUCACUAACUGACCACCUACCACAUUUCCCCUCGCCGC